CCACUACCGUGAGGGCUGGCGCAUGGCGGGGCCCGGCGGCGCGGCGAGGCCCGCGGCUUCCCGGGAGCUGCUGGACGUGCGGCACCGGCCAGGCCUGGAAGACAUUUUGCUGAUUAAUUCCAAGUGUAGCAGCAAGAAGGCCACAACUUUACAGACGGUUAAGGUGCCAAGGAGUGAUGUUUUGGACCGAGUACAGAGCUUUUUGCCACAGAUGGCCCAGGCAAAUGAUGAGCUCAAAAGAAAAAUGGUAACAGCACCUGCUCAUCAGUUUGAUAUUGAACAUCUAGACAGUGAAACAGAAAAAGUUAUAGAAAUGAAUGUUGCUGUAGUUGAGCUGAGUGAUUCUGAUACAGAUGAAGAGUUGCUGACUUCAGAAGAUGACUCAGAAUCUGAUGAAGAUGACUCUGCAACUGAUGAAGUGACAGUAGACAACAUUAAGUUUCCUAAACAAAAGGGAGAAAAGGGCAAAAUAGAAAUUUUGGACAGCAAAGCAAAUGAGUAAAUCUAUUUUAUUUUACUUAAAAAACCCCCAAACCAACCAAAUCGUGUUUUCUCGCUUUGAAGAGUUGGCCCUGAAAACCACUUUGUUUCCCAAUGUAGCAUCUCUCAGGAUCCUGUGAAAUGCUGUAGUUUACAUGGUGGAGAUUUCAGGAUCCACUCAUGACUGGGGAAAGCUGGAUUUUGGAAGAAUUAAGUGUGAUUUGAUUCAUCAAAUAACAGGGAAAUGCACUUCAUAGUAGAUUACACCAAGAAAACAGCUUGAGUAAGGGGCACUUGAAAGUUAAAAAUUAUUGUUCUAUUGCUUUGUUGAAGAAAGACCUUUUUUUCAUAGGAAGAUAGUUUUUUCUUCAAGGGCAAGAAAGAGUUAACUAGGAAGAAAGCUUUGUUUUUAUAUUCCACGUCCUGUGAAGAGUUUAUGGACUCUCUUCAAUAUUAAACAUGAUCUUUAAUAGCUCACAGGUAUGCCUACAUUACAUUCAUGGCAGUGACUGCUGAACACUGGAACUGUGACUGAGCUCAUUUCUGGCUGAGCCAGCCUGGGUAAGGACAGCCAUGACCAGAGAGUUCAGCAAAGGGUUAUUUACCCUUUGUGCCUGCACUGAGCUCCACACCAGCACAGGAAGGUUACAGGCCCAUGUGGGAAAUGUGUGUGGCUGUGGUGCAAACGCCUUCCAUACUCAAAGCAUCAAGGCUGCCUCUCGGGUGUUAUGAUAGCUUUAAGCUAGACUUUUCAUCCCCCAAUUUCCCUUCCAUGUUUAUAAUCUCUGUUAACAGCUGUCACUGACAGAAGGAUGUAAAGGUGAAUUUUCAGCUGGCCUGUAUUUAAGUAGGCUUGACACAAUUGUGAAACCAGAAUCAAUGAAAGUGUGUCCCAUUCAUGCUUACCUCAGAUUGAUCAAAUACAAUGGUAUGGGCCAUUACAUUUACUUCAUAAAUCAGUUUGCAUUUCAGAAGUAUCUGUCAUGCUCCUGGGUAUCAUUGUUUCUUAAAGGAACUUUGUAUUUUCUACACCAUUAAAGUAAAAUUUCCUAUACUGUAUUUGCUCAAAUAUUAAACUUAAUGUCAUGACUUGAAACCUGCAGUUAUUUUUAGAAUUAAUUUUGAAUCCCGUGCAUGAAGUUCUAGUUUUAAUACCUGUUUCUGUAGUAUUUGUGGUAAGAAAUAACAAGGAUUCUGGUCUUCCUUUUACAAUGUGGCCUAAAUGUAGGAUGGAGACAUGAUUUACUGAUUAAACCAUGGAAUAUUUUAGUGAAGUGGAAGGAUGGGAAUCGAAGAAUCAGACUGCUACCUUUAAUAGCAGCCCACAGAUAGUCAAAGCUUUGGGUGUUUUUGCAUUCUAAGA